AUGACAGUUGCAAUCAAGUUUUUUGAUGGAGGAUCAUUGUUGCCAGAUUUGGUUCAUCAAUACUUGCAAGCAUCGCCAAUGAUUAUUUCGAUUGUCAUUACUUGUGGCAUUUUCGCACAUACACAAGAAAUUUCAGAACUAGUGCAGUUCUUUAAUGAGAUUGAUAAUGAUAUCAACAAAAUCUCACCAAAUGUGCAAGUCAAUUACUCUUCACACAUGUUUCCUGUAAGAGUUGCAAUCAUAGUAGCAACUAUUUUGUUUUUCACACCUUUAAUUAUGUGCGGAUUCAUAGCUGAAUAUUUUGUGCUCGACUUGUUUACCAUUCAAAUGAAUUCAUCACCUUUCAUCACAUUAUUCACACUUUCAUGCUCAUUUGCUCAACUUGUUUUUAUCACACUAUAUUUACUGACAGUUCUUGGCAUACGCAAUCGUUAUGAAAAAAUAAAUCAACUUUUGAAUCAAAAUGUUAAGAUUUCGAACAUCCUGAAAAGUAAAAAUCAAGAUUCACUAAUCAAGUACAGAGACACUCUAAGAAAGUUAUCAAUUUUGCAUUUAAGAGCUCAUCAAAUGGUUUCAUUGAUAAAUCAGAUAUUCUCAACUCCAAUUAUGGUCUCAUUUGGAUUUUACACUAGUUCCGGUGUCUUUUCACUUUAUGAGCUAUUUUCAAUUUAUUCCUUACCAAAUGUCACACCACAACAAAUUGGAUUUGGUUUUAUUGUCAGCAGUUGGUGGCCGAAUGCUGUUUGUGUCAUGAUUAUGGAAAUUUGGUGCUGUAUGGCGGCAGUAAAUCAAGGAAAUAGAACUACAAAAAUUUUGAGACAUAUUUUAUGUAAAGAAAAAGAUGGAAAAAUUCGAAAGCGACUUCAACUUUUCUUGCAGCAGGUUACGCAUUCAAGACCUGCUUUUAGUUGUGGAUUGUUUGAAUUUCAUUGGGAAUCACUGGGAAUUGCUUUUGGAGGCUUAGUUCAGUAUCUUGUCAUUAUGAUUCAAUUUAAACUUGCAAAGUAA